UAAAUUUUGAAAACAUAGUCCUUGCUCCGUAUUAGUAGAAUUAAGUUUGAAAUUUUAAGUUUUUUGGAAAGCUUUACAAUUUUCACCUUCACUGUGCAUUAUAGGGACGAUAGGGUUGAUAGGGACUGUAGGGCGAAGAGUGUUGUAUGGUUCAUUUUGUCUCGUUAUUAUUAGCAAUUCAAAGACGAAAUUGAAACUUGUUUAUCUAAUUAAUUCACAUUUCGUUCACAGUUAACAUUAAGUCCUCUCGGUCAGGCGAUUGAACAGAAAAACCGGUGCAUUUUACUUUCUGCGUGUCGAUUGGUCGAUUAAUUUCAAUUGCUGCGUGUCGGUUUGUUUGCAAGAUUGUUUAAAUCGAAUAAAAAUGCGUUCCGUGCACACAUUGAAAAUUCAAAAAGAAUACUUAGAUCUGAUCCGGGCCAAAGUUAAAACCAUUGACAUGCGAACUGUAACAGAUGCAACGAAACUGAUGAAAAGUGACGAUCUAAUAAAAUUCGUUUGCGGUUCUGAAAAGAUUGUGUACCGCUUGAAAUGGAGAACGGAAUACGCUUCACUGGGCUCUUGUUUACAUGAUGAAGGAGUUGAGAAUGUGAUGCCGGGUUUUUCCAUGACUGCCGCUUUAAGAAGAUUUAAGCAGUGGUCCUCCUUUAAGCCGGCCUGUGUUGCAGUUUUUGCUUUUCAUGUGGAAAUAUUGGAGAGUGUCGAUACAGUCGAUUUGGAAGCAACGACAAAGCAAUCGGUUGGAAGUGUCAGUGGUUUAAAAAGACCGUUCAAAAGUUCCAGCCUCGAAACAGGCGAACCUGUUGCCAAAAUUGUGAAGGUGAACAAUGCGACUCAAAUCCGUUCGAAUUCAAGUGUCAGUGCCAAAAGACGAGAAGAAAUCGUUGCACAAAUGAACAGUGUUACAGUUCUUAUUAAUAUAUCUAUAUCCAGUUUGAUUUACUUUCCACAUAAAAAAAAAUUAUUAAAAAAACCCAUAUGUCAACCAAAUUAA